GGGUGUUUCAGGACAAGGGUGACGGGAGACAGGACAGAGGUAGAGGCAGAGGAAGGCUGAAGAAAACUGCUUUGUCUAGCCCUGAAGUAUCCUGAGCAAGUGGAACGUGUGUUUUGAAAACCUUCUUAAAGAGAGAAGGGAAGUGUUCUCUCUAUAAAGACCAAAACAGGUCCUGCAGGAUAAGAUCUAUCAGCAUGUUAGUUCCUGUCAUUUUUUUGGGCCUUGCUGUCCUCAUUGUUACUUCUGAGGGCACUUAUCCAUAUCCUCCCCCCAUGGAUCCCCACUUCCAGCCUCGUCUGUACCAUGGUUGCUAUGGUGAUAUCAUGAGUAUGGACGCUCCUGGAGCCUCCUGUGAUAUAGACAGAUUGAUCAACUGUGGGAUCCGUGGCUCAGAAAUGUUUGCUGAGAUGGAUUUGGUGGCUAUGAAGAAAUAUCAAACGAUAAUCAAAGAUGUUGGACAGAAACAAUGUGUGGAUCCUGCUUUGAUUGCUGGAAUUAUCUCCAGAGAGACCCAUGCUGGGUCUGUGCUCCGAGAUGGCUGGGACCAUCAGGGACUUAGAUUUGGUCUGAUGCAGCUUGAUAAACACAUUUAUCACCCCACUGGAGCCUGGGAUAGUCAAGAGCACCUUACACAGGCUGUAAAGAUCCUAACUGACAAAAUUAAGGCAAUCCAGAGAAAAUUCCCAACCUGGACCAUGAGUCAACACCUGAAAGGUGGUCUCUCUGCCUACAAAUCAGGGAUUGAUGACAUUGUAACCCCUAAUGAUGUAGAAAAUGACUACACCAACGAUAUUCUUG